AUGUACUAUUCGCUAUCAUUCUUAACGAAUUACUCCAUCAAUCGAUCCUCCAUACCUUUAGGUAUUGCGCUUAGUGCCGUUCAUUAUGGCCAAAUUGUUAUGCAGUUACCUGGAGGAUGGCUAGUUACACGAAUAGGUGGAUGGAAAGUUUUGUUAAUUGGCAUAUUUUUGAGUUCAUUAUCGACCAUCUUUCAACCAUUGGCGGCAAUGUAUAAUUUUACAUUAUUCGUAGUCUUACGAGUAUUUGCGGGCCUCUGUCAGACUCCUUUCCAUGCUGCUGUGAAUGAUCUAUGGAGUCGGUGGGCUUCUCCUCAAGAAAUAACACGUUUCUCGGUAGCUCCAGCAAUAGGAGAAACGAUAGGAUCAUUUAUGACCAUCUAUUUUUCUGGAUAUGUGCUGUAUUAUUUUAGCUGGCCUACCGUGUUUUAUAUUUGCGGUGCUACAGGAAUAAUUUGGACCAUGAUCUGGUGCAUGUUCUUUACAAACUCACCAAGUAUACAUACAUUUAUUUCUUAUGAUGAAGCCGAAUACAUCCAAACCACGAUUGAAGAUAAGCAAGGACCAUUGGGAUAUCAGAUACCCUGGAGCUCCAUUUUGUGCUCAAGACCUAUCUGGGCUCUUGCACUGGGAAGCUUUGGUUUAGGCUGGCUUAAUAGUAUGCUGAUAGCAUACUUUCCUAUACUAUUUUAUAUUUUAUACGACAAAAAAAUUUAUUCGAUUGGAUUACUAUCAUGCAUACCAUUCUUUCUCCAUGCAGUUUUCAUGUUACUAUUUAGCAUAUUAGCUGAUAAAUUAAUUCAGAAUCACUUCUCUAAGACCGCUACCAGGAACGCGUUUCUAUUGUUAGGCUCCAUUGUGCCCGCUGGUAGUCUAAUGUUGAUGACCUAUAGCAGUGAUCAAGGUAUCCUUAUUACAGCCUUGUACCUUAUCGUUAUUAUCGAAGCAGCAAUGUAUUGCACAAUCAUGGCCAAUCCACUUGAUAUAGCACCAAUCCAUGUUGGAAUUAUUACGGCUUUUAUUGACAUUUUCAGUAGCUUAGCAUCGGCUAUAAGUCCACUAAUAGCUGGUUUUAUUAUAGAACCUGAGAACAUACACAGUUGGCAUACUGUUUUCUAUGAAGUUGGAGCAGUUUUAACGGCAUGCAGCCUCAUUUACCUAAUGUAUAGUUCAGCUGAAAUCCAGCCAUGGGCAGUAUAUAGCCUUAGCAAAGAUCUUACCAUUUAUAGGACCUUAAAUUCAGAUGAAGAAACUGAAGAAACGCCAAUUUCAAGCAUAUUUAAUGAUUGA